GGCAACCGGUGUGUGAGCGAGAGGUGACGUUUUUAUCCCUAACAGUAGAGCAAACGUGUUUAUUUUUGUGCCGCAACAUGUGACAGUUGCAGUCGAUGUCUAUCGGAUCUAUCGAGAUUGUGAAUAAUCUGUGAGUGUUUGAUAUCGACCGAUCAGUCGGUCGACUGGUGCGGAUGGUGGUGGAUCGAACAUGGGGGGUGACGCGGGGUGGAUCACGCCUUUCAAGAAGCAGUGCUUCGUCUCGGCCGGGGUGUGCCUCAACUUGGGCGGCCAUGGCCUGGUCAUGGGCUUCGCGGCCAUCUUGUUGCCGCAGCUCCGGCUGCCUGACUCCCUCAUACCUAUUGACGACUCCUCGGGCUCUUGGAUAGCAUCGAUCCUUGGCUUCGCGCUCGUCGCCGGCAACUUCAUCGCGCCCACAAUAAUGGCCAAGUAUGGCAGAAGAACUGCUAAUCUGGCCAGCAUCACGCCAAUGAUCGUAGGGUGGGUGUGCGUGCUCACAGCAAACAGCGUGGCCUCUCUCCUCAUCGCCAGAUUCCUCCAAGGCAUCUCCAUGGGCAUGAGUGCCACCCUCGGACCAGUACUAAUCGGCGAAUACACCAGCCCCAAAAACCGAGGAGCUUUCCUGACCGUCAUAUCCGUGACCAUUGCCACUGGAGUUUUAAUUGUACACUCGCUGGGUUCAUUCUUAAGUUGGCAGAAGACAGCCCUCGUCUGCUGUUUCAUAGCAUUCGUAGACUUGAUCAUAGUGAUCUACUCUCCAGAAUCCCCCAGCUGGUUGGCUGACCAAGGAAGGUAUGACGAAAGUCGCAAAGUCUUCAGAUGGCUUCGAGGUGACGUUGAAGAAGAGGAGUUGAAAGAGAUGAUUGAAGCUGCCAUAAUUGUUAAGGAAUCCAAAAUUGACGCUGAUGUAUCCGAAUCAUUCAUGAAGAAAUUGAGGACUAAUGUGACGUAUUUUAAUGCUACUAUCAGAAAGAAGGAGUUCUACAAGCCCAUUUUUAUCAUGGUCCAUAUUUAUACGUUAGGUCAAUGGGCUGGAGCGAACAUCCUGGCUGCUUACACGAGAGACGUCUUCGAAAAUGUGAUAGGAUCUGACGCAAACAUAUCCUUGCUGAUCAUCACUUUGGACAUCCAAAGGAUCAUUUCUAAUUCUGUAGCCGUGUUUGUUAUUAAGAAGAUUAACAGACGAACAAUGCUUUUCGCGACUGUUGGAAUAAACCUAUUCGCAUUUCUAUCCACGUCUGCGUAUGUGUACGCAAAAGCCAACUAUAAUCUCCCAUUCAAUCAUCCAUUCAUUGGAAUCUUCCUGAUCCAUGUUCACAUGUUCUCCAUCGCAACUGGGACAGUACCAUUGCCUUUUAUCAUUGCUGGAGAGCUGUUCCCGCUGGAAUACAGAAGUCUGGCUGGAGGGAUCAGUGUGUUGUUCCUCUCUUCGAACCUUUUCAUCACUGUGAAGACGCUCCCUUUGCUUUUAAGCAGCGUGGGGCUAUCUGGAGCGUAUCUACUUUAUUCAGCAGUUGUUGGGUACUGCCUUAUCAUGGCAGGAAUCUUUCUGCCCGAGACGAAAGACAGGACUCUCCAGGAUAUUGAGGAUGAGUUCCGAGGAAGACCACUGUCUCCUGAGGAGAUGAAGUCGGUGCAAUCGCUGACUUCGAUGAAGCUCUACAAUAGAGACAGGAGGUGCAGUAGUCCUGUAAUUUAAUGGUGAUUGGUCAUGGAUUUGGUGUAAGUCCAGUUAGCGUUUUGGUGCUAUCCUUAAGUAUUAAGUUUUUGUUGAUAUUGUUAAAAAUAACAUUGUAUGUAAGUUAUUUUUAGAUAUGAAAAAGUAACUUAUUCGAAUUCUACAAAUGAGGUUUAUCGAAUAUUUAAUAGGUUUACACAGAUUUAAUUUGAAACUAUUUAGUACAA